AAGGCCCGUUGGCCGUUUCUGUAGUAAACAGUUUAGAAAAUAAACCCUCAAGCGAUGGUGAAGCUAAUGCUGAAUUUUGCGAUUCUAAGCCUGCUGCUUUGUCUGGCAUCAGCAACCAAAAAGGAGUUGCUUGAGCACCGAAAGAAGAUUUGCAUGCAACCUAGCGACUAUGGCAGCUGCAAGGAAAGACGGUUGCGAUGGUAUUACGAUCCAACGGCCAACGCCUGCAAGCCCUUCACCUAUAGUGGCUGCGGUGGAACCUACAAUCGAUUCGAACGCGAAACCGAAUGCUGGAACUAUUGUAUGGACCCGGAUAUCUUUUACGAAACUAGCUAGGGAUUCCAUAAGUUUUCCCAUGUACAAAGGGAUGGAUGUGGAAUUGGUGGAUAAUAUCUAUUGAAUAAACCGUAUUUGCUUUGAAAUCUUCAGCUAUCAAAGAUGCAGCAAAGAGUGUCAGUUGCUACCGAUUAUAUCCUCUGUAUAUGUAAAAUGGAAAACUAGUAUAAAUAUAUGGUAUAUGCAUUUAGUAUCUUUUAA